ACCAUGGUCUUCUUUUUUAAAUACUUGUAUGAUCGACCAUGGUCCUCACACUAACAGCUAGCUAGCUUCCAUGGCUACUCCGCAAGCUUUCCCCUCUUCUUCUUUUCCUUCCUUCAGGGACAGGGAGUGGGAAUUCGAUGUGUUCCUCAGCUUCAGAGGCCCUGAAACUCGCUACGGUUUCACUGGUUAUCUCCACAAAGCAUUUUGUGAGAAGGGAAUCCGUACCUUCAUGGAUCUUGAGGAUCUUAUCAGUGGCAAUAAAAUCCAACAAACAUUUGCUAGAGCAAUUGAAAGCUCCAGGAUUGCCAUUAUUGUGUUCUCGGAGCAUUAUGCUGACACCGAUUUCUUGUUGAGGGAACUUGUCAAGCUCUUGGAGUGCUCUUAACGCUGUGGCCAAUUUAUUUUGCCGAUUUUCUAUUUGGUGGAUCCCGGCGACGUGCGGCAUCAGAGAGGCAGUUAUGAGAAAGCAAUGGCGGUGCACGAG